UUCUCAUUUUAUUCAUUCUUUCGUUCUCUCUCUUUCCCCACACAACCAUAAAGCACACACAAUAUACAUCAUCCACAAACCCUCUCAAACAUUCCUUUUUUCUCCUUUUAAAACCACUUGCUCAUAAAGCUGUUCUUUUUUCGUUUUCACUCAAAAAAAUAAAUAAAAAUUAAUUAAUUCUACCUUUAAUUUGCUUCUUCUUUCUACUUCUUCAUCAUCAUCAACCAUGGAUACUGCUAACUGGCCUCAGGAGAUAGUGGUGAAGCCAAUGGAAGAGAUAAUAGGUUCAUCAAAACCUAAUAAUUGUGUUGAAAGGAAAUUAGUUAGGCCACAAAAGGACCAAGUUGUGAAUUGUCCAAGGUGCAAUUCAACAAAUACAAAGUUUUGUUAUUAUAACAACUAUAGUCUAUCUCAACCAAGGUAUUUUUGCAAGACAUGUAGAAGAUAUUGGACUGAAGGUGGAUCUCUAAGAAACAUUCCUGUUGGUGGUGGUUCAAGAAAAAACAAGAAAUCUUCAUCUUCUAAUAAUAAUAAUAAUAAUAAUAAUUCAAAUAUUAAUCAUGUUGUAAUAAAUAAUCCUUUGAUGAAAAAACUUCCUGAUUUGAUUGUGCCUCCACUAAUACAACACGAUAUUGAGGAAUAUCCAGAAAGGCAUUUUGGAAAUCGACCUGAUAAUUCUACAGUACUACCUCAACAUCAUCAUGAUCAAAACCCUAGAAAGAUCAUCCAUGAAGGAAGCCAAGAUCUCAAUUUGGGAUUUUCAUCUGAUUUCAAGACUAUCACUGAGCUAAUUCAGGUAGCAAAUUACGAUGGUGGUAACAAGGACAACAACAAUAGCACGAAUAAUAUUUCUACAUUGCCUCCUCCCUCUGAGCCGAGUUCACCUGCAUUUUCGCAGUUGCCAUCCCUAAAUUUCUCUUUGGAUCAUCAUGGACUUGGAAAUAAUAAUGUUCGUAGUGGCUAUGGGUUUUUCUUUCCUUUUGUAGGUCUAAAGCAAGUGUCAAAUGCAAGUGAUCAUGUUCGAGAUCAAUCUACUAAUAAUGGAUAUUGGAAUGGCAUGUUAGGAGGAGGAGGAGGAGGAUCUUGGUAAAAAUAUAUAGUAUAUAUCUUAUUAUAUAAUUUAUUAAGGUUUUUUUUUUUUUUUUCUUUUUUAGAAAAAAUAAAAUAAAGUAUAUUACGAUCAUACUGGGGGAUUAGGAAAGUGAGAAUCGAACAUACAUUUAUUGUGUGACGGUAGAGAGACUCUCGCCGAUAAUACUGGGGGGUAGGAAAGUGAGAAGGGAACAGUGAUUUUGGUUUUUGGGAUUUUUUUUUUUGUGAUUUUGUGGUACUGUAUUUUAUUGGUGGGGUGGUUUGGUUGGAUUUAAUUUCUUCAAAAACUAACUCAAUAGGAUGAAAGGAAUUCUCAUUUCUCCUUGAUCUUUUCUUCAUUUUUUUAGUUUUAAUUUAUUUUAAUUUGAAUUAUAUUAGCUGGUGGGAAGUUAUGUGAAGCUUAUUUUAGGUUUAAUUUGCUUCAUCAUGAGCUUAUUUAUAUAUAUGACUUGGGAUAUUGUGAAGAAAAUAUUAUAUGGAAGAAGAAAUUAAGCCCAAAUUUUUUGGAGGGCACAAUGUAAUGAGGCAAAGAGAUUUCAUUAGAGUUAAUUGAUCUGUGUUAUUGGAAUAUAAAUGUAGUAUUAUAAUGUAUGAUCUUCAAGUUUUUUGUAUUGAGAUUUGUGUGACUUGGUACUUUAAUUAAUUUAUUUUGAGCUACUUGUGCAA